CGUCUGUUAGUGUGUCAGUUGAGUAUUUAACUUCUGGAAAGCAGGGCAGGAGAGUGCACACACUCGUACACACACUCGUCAUGUUGUGGACUGCGCUUCUCCUGCUGGGACUCGCUGUUCUGUUGCUGUGCGCGAGACGCACGAGACGAAGAAAUGAGCCUCCUCUUGAUAAAGGAAUGAUUCCCUGGCUCGGUCACGCGCUCGAGUUUGGCAAAGAUGCUGCUAAAUUCCUGACACGAAUGAAACAGAAGCACGGCGACAUUUUUACCGUGCGUGCAGCUGGACAUUAUAUCACUGUUCUGCUGGACUCAAAUUGCUAUGAUGCUGUCCUGUCCGAUGUGGUCUCGCUUGACCAGUCAAGCUAUGCUCUGGUCCUAAUGAAGAGAAUCUUCAGUCUGGAGCUGCCCAAUCACAACCCUGAAUCGGAGAAGAAAAGAGCAGAAAUGCAUUUUCAGGGCUCCGCUUUAACCCAACUCCGCAGCUCAAUGCAGAACAACCUCCAGCACCUUUUGACCCCUUCAGAAAUGGGCCUGAAAGUAUCUGAGUGGAAAAAAGACGGACUCUUCAAUUUUUGCUACAGUUUGCUCUUCAAGACCGGCUAUCUUACUGUGUCCGGCGCAGAGAAAAACAACAGUGCAGAACUCGAAGAAAUUUAUGAGGAGUUUCGCCGGUUUGACAAGCUUUUGCCUAAACUGGCUCGUACUACUGAAAACAAAGAGGAGAAACAAAUUGCAAGUUCAGCGCGAGAAAAGCUUUGGAAACGGCUGACUCCAUCACAUUUAGACAGAAAGCCAGAACUCCAAUCAUGGUUGAGGAACUAUGUACAGCACCUGCAGGAUGAAGGAGUUGAUGCUGAGACUCAGAGGAGAGCCAUGCUGCUACAGCUUUGGGUCACACAGGGAAACGCGGGCCCCACUGCAUUCUGGUUACUGGGCUACUUACUCACCAACCCAGAAGCUCUAAGGACUGUGAGAGAGGAAAUCCAAGGUGGAAAGCACCUCCGUCCAGAAGAGAAACAGAGAAAAACUCCAGUGUUUGAUAGUGUUCUUAAUGAGACACUGCGUCUAACUGCAGCCGCUCUCAUAACAAGAGAAGUGAAGCAAGAUAAGAAGAUUUGUUUAAGCAAUGGGCAAGAAUACUUGCUCCGACGGGGUGAUCGGCUGUGUGUUUUCCCCUUCAUCAGCCCUCAAAUGGACCCACAGAUCCACCAACAGCCUGAGAUGUUCCAGUUUGACCGCUUCCUCAAUGCAGAUGGGACGGAGAAGAAGGACUUCUUUAAGGAAGGUUUGAGGGUGAAGAAUCCCUCUGUGCCCUGGGGGACCAAAGACAACCUGUGUCCAGGACGCCAAUUUGCAAUUAGUGCAAUUAAAGAGCUUGUAUUCACGAUCUUGACUCGAUUUGAUCUUGAACUGUGUGACAAGAAUGCAAAGCUGCCAUUGGUAGACCCCAGCCGAUAUGGCUUUGGCAUUCUCCAACCAGAUGGCGACCUAGAGAUACGCUACAGAAUAAGAUCUUAAUACGCCAAAUCAAAUUAAAACUGUACAUAUAUCAAUACCAUUUUUUACCAGUGUCUUGAAUACUUAUUGCAAUAAUAAAUAUUGUAUUUUUUUUAA